AUGCUCGCCAAGAUCACCUUCGUCGCCGCCCUCGCCGGCUCGGCUGUCGCCGUCAUGGACGUCCGUCCGGACCGUGUUCGCCGGGAUAUCCUCCCGCGCCAGACCGACGCUUCGGCCGACCCCUGUCUCAACGCCCUGGCUACCGUCUACUCCAACGCGCCUACGCCUCCCCCCAAGCUUGUUUCCUACGAGAUGACAGCCUCGACCCAGACGGACCCUUGCAGCGUCACUGUCCCCUCCGAUCUCAGCUCCGACUACGCAAGCUACACCUCUGCAGUCCUCAGCUGGGUCGACGCCAACUCGGCCUCCAUCGCCUCUGCCCUUUCUCAGUGCUCCACUCUCACGGACCUCACCACCGAGAUUCCCGUCUGCACAGCUACCAGCGCCGGCUCCGGUGGCUCAAAGGCGACGGGCACGGCUGGUGGUUCUGGAGGCACUGGUACCAAGAACGCCGGUCCUCGUGAGACCGGCAUGGUUGCUGCUGCUGUCGCUGCCGCCGGCUUUGUUGGUGCAGCUGCUUUCUUGUAG